AUGUAUGUGGCAACUGCUGAAGAGGAUUCUCAGGAAAAUCAUCAUUGGAAGCUAAACUUUGACGGAGCUUCAAAUGCUGUAGGUAAUGGAAUUGGGGCAGUCCUUGUGUCCCCUAAUGGAGAUCAUUAUCCUUUUACCAGUAAAUUGGAUUUUAAUUGCACCAAUAACAUGGCUGAAUAUGAAGCUUGUAUUAUCGGUAUCCGGGCAGCCAAAGAGCGAACAAUUAAGAUACUAGAAGAGUUUGACAGUAUCACUUUUCGUUAUCUCCCACGAGACGAAAAUCAGAUGGCUGAUGCUUUAGCCACUUUAGCCUCUAUGAUCCAAGUGAACAAAUCAAAAGACAUGAAGCCUAUUCAAAUCAGUAUUUAUGAGACUCCGACUCCUUGCUAUAAUAUUGAGGAAGAGGAAAACGAUGACCAUCCAUGGUAUCAAGACAUACUGCGAUAUAUCAAGAAUCGUGAGUACCCCGGCCAUGCGACAGAGAGUGAUAAGAGGACGUUGAGGAGACUGGCCAUUGAUUAUGUCCUAGAUUGA